ACGGAAGUAAACAGCGGUGAGCGGAGCAGCGGCGUUCUGUCAGACUGUCUGCUCGUCAGCGGAGGAAAGAACGAGCAAGAUGCGGUGAGUCCGUCCAGAGGGGAGCUUCGUGUGAGGCGGGCCGAAGGAGCAGAGGAUGGACUUUACCAGGACGGUUCUGGUGACCGGAGGAUCCGGAUUCAUUGGUUCCCACCUGGUGUGUUCGCUGGUCAGCAGACACCCGGACUGGAGGAUCAUCAACCUGGACAACCUGGACUACUGCUGCAGCCUCAGGAGCCUGGAGACCGUGGAGGACAGAACCAACUACACGUUCAUCAGGGGCGACGUGUGCAACUCGCGGCUGCUGAAACACGUCUUCAGCACAGAAAACAUCGACGUCGUCUUCCACCUGGCAGCCAAGACCCACGUCGAGGCGUCGUUCGAAGCUCCGUCCAGUUUCCAGCGGGUCAACGUGGACGGGACCAGAGCGCUGCUGGGAGCCGCCCGUCAGGCCCGACACCCGCCUCAGCGCUUCGUCUACGUCAGCACCGACGAGGUGUACGGAGCCGGCCUGGACCAGGUGUUUGACGAGACCAGUCCAGUGAGGCCGUCCAACCCGUACGCUGCCACCAAAGCAGCCGCAGAGUAUCUGGUCAGGUCGUACUGGGACCAGUACCAGUUUCCCGUCAUCAUCACCAGGAGCAACAACAUCUACGGGCCGCGGCAGUUCACCGAGAAGGUCAUUCCGAGGUUUCUCACCCUCUUACAAACGAACCAGAAAUGCACCAUCCAGGGAACGCUGCCCAAGUCGCGGCACUUCUUGUUCGUCAGCGACGCCGUCGACGCCUUCCUGCUGCUGCUGGAGAAAGGGACCGUGGGAGAAAUCUACAAUGUGGGGACGAGCUGCGAGGUUCCCAUCAUGCAACUGGCCCGGGAGCUCGUUAGGAUGGUGAAGGACGUACCGGACCACGAGGUCAGUGAUUGGCUCGAGUUUGUUCCCGACAGGCCGCGGGUCGACCUGCGGUACCCCAUCACCAGCGAGAAGCUGCAGCAGCUCGGCUGGAGAGCUCAGGUGUCCUGGGCCGAAGGAAUCCGACAAACUGUGAAAUGGUACCGAGAGAACCCAGACUUCUGGUCAGACAGAAGCCAGAUCCAGCUUGACGACGCUUCCAACACAUAACCUCAGUUAGCGCCGCGGCUCACACCAGCCUCUACGUGAUGAUUGUUGGACCAACAGGACCUGAACGCACUUUACCAGGACACUCGGCCGACGCGGCUCGUUUGACUCGUUUUGGGCUGAAUGUGACCCGAGAACUUCAUUAAACAGCCGACCAGCUCAGAUUAAAAGGUG